CGCCUGCUCCCCGAGUGGUGUCCCAGGCGAGGCCUCGGCGGCGUGGCGGCGCUUUUGUUCGCGGCUGGGGCCGACUCGGAGAGUAGCCGAGGCGGGUCCCGGGGAGCUGUAGGAGGGCGCCGAGACGGGAGAGAGGCGCCUGAGGAUGGGGGAGACGACGCGCCGUGCCGGGGGGGCGCCGCCGCCGCUGCGAGAGGCGGCGGCGCGGGGCCGCCGCUCGCUGCUCGUGAGGCGGCUGCCGCGCGCGCUGCCCGCGGACGCGGAGCGGCAGCGGCUGCUGCGGCACUUCGGGGCGAGCGACGUGCGCCCCGCGGGGAAGAUGAGAAACGCGGCAUUUGCCACAUUUCCGAGUGAAGCAGCAGCAGCCAAGGCCCUGAGGCGGCUGCACCAGCUGGAGGUGCUGGGCUCCGUGCUGGCAGUGGAGUUCGCUCGGGACCGGGACGCAGCGUCAGCCCGCGAGCCACCGGCCCCUGCCCCGGGUCGUGACAAGAGCACCGUAGGAAGUCACGCGGAGUCUGCCCCCGUGCCGCCUAAGGCUUCCCAACUCGACGCCAUUGCUCCAAAACUCGGGGUGACCUACACGGCAAACCCCCUGCUGAGAUAUCGUUACCCACCGCCAACCACCAACAUUCUCGCCAACAUCUGCCAUGCGCUGUCCAGCAGCCCCCGCUUCUACACACAGGUCCUGCACCUCAUGAAUAAGAUGAAUCUCCCAGCUCCAUUUGGUCAUGUGACAUCCCCACCUCCCCUGGUGGCAGACUUUGCUCCGGUGCCCCCUGCUGCCUUGCCACAGUUGCCCCCCUUGCCCCCCGAGGAGCCCCCCCGAGACGCGGAGCGGCUCCCCCCAGCUCCCCCGGAGCCCGAGGAGGUGGAGAUGGAAGUGUCCAGCGAUGAGGAGUCCGAGUACGAGAGUGAGGAGGACGAGCACGCACGCAGGCUCAAAACGAUGACGGAUACCGCCCCUGCUCUGCCUAAGAGGCCGCUGGGUAAGAAGAAAAUAUCAAAGCGCAAGCGGCCGAAACUCCAGGAUCUUCUGGUUGCCCCGAAGGCCCCAGUGCCAGGUUCCCAGCCGGCCCUCACACCGGCACAGGUGUUUGAGCAGCCAGCACUGGCCGUGUCGCGUAAGAUCGCCAUCUCCCUGCCCUCCCGGCCUCCUGCACACACAGCUCCUCACCCUGCCUCACCGGUCGAUCCUCUCGGGGAGAGAGAAGGGAAGGAGGAGAGAGAGGGGAUGGAGGAUGUGGGAAUGGGGGCCGGGGAGGAGGGGCAAGGGGGGGGAGGGUUCGGGAAGAUGUUCCCUGCUCCCGCCUGCCCCUCCCCGAACCGCACGGAUGAUGAGGGUGAGGAGGAGGAGGAGCAGCCGUCUCAGUUUAUCUCCCGGAAGGAGCUGUCCUCAGGCCGUGUCUCCAGAGAAGAGAUGGCGAAGAGUUCCGUGUUCAAGAACUACUCCGCAGGAGAGCCGACGUGCCGUUUGUACGUCAAGAAUCUGUCGAGGCAGGUCUCCGAACAGGAUCUGAAGCACAUAUUUGGAAGAUACGUGGACUUCUCUUCAGAUGUGGAAAAGAACAUGUUUGACGUGCGGUUAAUGCGGGAAGGCCGUAUGAAAGGUCAGGCCUUUGUGGGCCUGCCAAGCGAGCGGGAAGCGCAGAAGGCCCUGAGGGAUGCCCACGGCUAUGUGCUGCAUGGCCGCCCGCUCGUCAUUCAAUUCGCACGCUCGGCCCGGCCCAAGGAAGAGCCCAAGGUGGGCAAGAAGAAGAGCUCGCUCGAUGCGGUGACGUCAAACCAUCCGGGAUGAAAUGCGCCCCAGGGAGGAGACGCAGCGGCUGUGCGAGCCGCUCACUGACCACAACGCAUUCGACACCGACCACAACAGCGUGGCAACGCAGUGGUGACACUCGCACCUCGCGGCAAGAAGGGCCUGGGUUUGAUUUCUGGAUAGGGCACCUCCGCGUGGAGUUAGUAUGUUCUCCCCCUGUUCUCCAAUGUGUGGUUGCCUCCUUCCGGCUUGUCCGGAGUUCCUACUCGCACCUCCGAGUCAUUCUCUGUCUUCCAGAGUGAGUGGAUACUGUGCAGCAGCGGUGCGUUAUAAGUUGAGAUUGUUAUUAUUCAUCUUGUCGUGCUGGGUUAGGGUUUAAAUCCUUGCACGUGUGAGUGAAGUGAAGUUGUCUUUGUAAAUAAAACAUGAGAGAUGAG